AUGUUCCUUUUGAUAAUAAUUAUCUCUUCCUAUAAUGAUGAUUCUCCUGAUGAUAAUGACACUUCUCUCAAUAAUAAUUUUACAAAUGAUGAUUCUGUUCCUAAUAAUGAUGAUCCUCCUUAUAACAAUGUUACUUGGAGAAAAAAUUUAAUUGU